ACAUUUAAUUAUAUGAAAAUUAAAUAAAAAUAAUAAUUAAUUCCUAUUGUACUUACAUUAAUAUGAUAUUGAAGGUUGAACACAACACUAUUUAUGCACAUUGAGAGCAUUGUGGAAUCAUUGAUAAUAAUAUGUAUAAUAUCAUUGUGUGGAAUGCAUUAUCCUAGAAAAAAUUGUGUCCCAGUUCAGAUAAACAAAGGAAGUUAAUUACUAUCAUGUAACAUGGCAAAAGCAAAUGUAUAGUCAUUUGUUUUUGUAGCUAUAACAGAGUUUGACAAAUGCUGGGAUUAUACAGUAUUAAGAAUCUCCGGAUCAGUACAUGUGUGCUAAUAGUGCUGGGCUGCAUCGCUGUCCUUCAAUUGUUGUUGCUCUAUGGAAGCUAUAAUUACAAAUGUAUCAGCAAAGAAGACAUAGGCAAAUAUCUUUAUAUGUAUCUCAAUCCCAAAGUUGUGAAGAGACUAGAUAAGCCUGCUUGUGAUUAUGAGAUGGUGUACAAGCAAGUUCAUAAAGAUGAUUGGUCCAUAAUAGAACAGAGUAAUCAGUUUGAUCCAUCGGGUAUUGUGAAUGGUAGUUUUGUCCCCGAAGAUUGUAAUCCACAAUUGAGUAUAGCAAUACUGGUCACAUAUAGAAACAGACAGAGUCAGCUUGACAUAUUUAUACCAUUUAUUCACAAUUUUUUAAGGAGGCAGAAAAUUCAUUACAAGAUAUUCGUGAUAGAGCAGCACGACGCCAAGCUGUUCAACAAGGGGCUGCUGUACAACGUGGGCGCGCGGCAGGCUGCUCGCGAGCUGUUCCCGUGCCUGGUGCUGCACGACGUGGACCUGCUGCCGCUCAGCGCCGCCAACCUGUACGCCUGCCUGCUGCAGCCCAGACACCUCAGCGCCUCGCUCGACAAGUUCCGCUUCGUGCUGCCCUACUACGGCCUGGUGGGCGGAGUCCUGGCGCUCACCACCGAGCACUUCCGCCAGCUCAACGGCUUCUCCAACAAGUUCACGGGCUGGGGCGGCGAGGACGACGAGUUCGCGGCUAGGAUAAUGGACCACAACCUAGAGAUACUCAGGUUCCCGCCGGACAUGUCUCGGUACACGAUGCUGGUCCACCAGCAGGCUCCCGUCAACGGCCAGCGCUUCAGGCUCAUGUCGGAGACGGUCGCCGCCCAGGACGGACUCAACUCCAUGCACUACCGGUCCGUCAGCGUCUCGCAACACCCACUGUUCACUCUGAUACGGGUCGUCACCUAGACACCGUCACAGAGCCUGUGUUCAUCUGGAUUGCAUUUAUUAAUGUAUUAUAUGAUAUUAUUAUUAUUAGCCCGGGACGCUGAAAAAACCUACAGUAUUUAAUGAAAAUCGUGUCUCAUCUCUGUCACAGCUGGUUGUAAGACAACCUUCAUCAAUAGUGCUGUGGAGAGAGAAACUCAUAUUUAUUAUUCACUAAUCUCCGAUUUGAAUCGAGGGAUCUUUGUGUGUCAACUGUGACAGUGAAGGUUCCAACCUAACGGACUUAUUUUGAUGCGUGUAUUUUGUGUUCAAACUGAUCUAAUGGUGGUGGUUCUUAACUGUAUUGAUCUUUUAAUUGAAUCUAUAAAUUUGUGUUGUUUUAGCACUUAUUUAUUGGCUUAGUGAGAUUAAUAAAAAAAAUAAAAAUAUAAUGAUUUACAAGAAGGCUGCAUGAAUUCUCGUUAUAUGAAUAUUAUAUUGAAUCUCUAAAUAAAAUGUUAAAUGAUCUGUAAUAAAUUAAUUAAUGAAUUUUACACAAUUUUGUACUUACCUAAGUAUUUAUGUGAAUCUAGAAAUCGACAACAAAAUAUUAUAAUAUAACGGUGUUGAUCACAAUGAAUGACGUUUUGUUAUUAAUUAUAAUAAUUUAUUUCAAACAUACAUCCAUAGUUUAACAACCAAUACAAUGAUAUACUUAAAGAGAACAGAAAAAAUAAAUUAAAACUAAUGACAGAUACUAUUUGCUGUUCCUGCUGUGAUGGAUAUUUGUCAUGUUAUUAUUAAGAACAUCAUGUUUUAAAUUUUGAAUUGUUAAUUAUACAUAUUAUACUUUUGUAAGUAAGUAUAUAAAAUUAUAAUAAAGAAUCACUUAGUUUUUCAAAAUAAAUUCGAAAAAUACGAUCAUUUGUCAGUAACCCUGUACUUUAAACAGCAACAGAACUAUGUAACAUUUCUUUAACAUUGUUUCAUUAUAGUAUAUAAUAUAUUAUAUCAUAAUAAGUAAGUCGUGACACAUUGCAAGGUACUCGUCUAGUCGCUUGUCGAUUAAUAUUUAUUUAUUUAUUAUUUUUCUUCAGUUUGCUGCGCUUUCUGAUAUUAUUACUUCAAAUUGCUCAGAAACAUUUAUAUUAAACUAAAUUAAUUAUAUUAUUAAAAUAAGUUAAUUUUAUGAUUGUUGUGGUUUUACGUUAAAAGAAAAAUAAAGUGCUAAAAUAAU